UUCGAACCAAACGACUGUAGUCAUAGGCCGCGCCUCAACCCGAGUGGAGAAGAAGAUCUUCACCAAACCUAAAAUAGAAGGAGUAAGGUGCCGACUCGAAGUGGACACCGGGUCAGCGAUCACCAUCAUGUCGUGGGACACUUUGGCGAAGUCACUGCCAGCAGUCGCGAAGCGCCACCUGCAAACUCAACGGCUACGGGUCCAUGACUACCAGGGAAAUCGAAUCCCUGUUCGAGGGACCACCUCUGUCCGCGUCGAAUACGGACCUCACAAGAAGACCCUGCCCAUCACGAUCGUCGAGGGGACUCUGCCUAGUUUGUUGGGACUAGACUGGUUUCGUGCACUGGGCAUGGGAGUGACUGGCAUCUACAGAAGUGACUGUAACCUGAAAGACAUUCUCUUGAACGAGUUCGAAGAUGUCUUCAAGGACUGCCUGGGCAAGUACAAGGGGACCCCUAUUUCCUUCAACUUAGACCCCCAGGUAGCUCCCAUUAGGCUAAAGGCGAGGAGAGUCCCUUUUGCCCUUAAGCCAAAAAUUGACAAGGAGCUAGAUAAGCUCAUAAAUCAGGGAAUUUUGGUACCAGUCGAUCACGCAAAGUGGGAGACGCCAAUCGUCACCCCAAUAAAACCAGAUGGGUCAAUUAGAAUUUGCGCUGACUACAAGGCGACGCUAAACAAAGCCUUACAGAAAAGCGCUUACCCGGUUCCCGUGGUGCAACACUUGCUGCACUCUUUGGGGCGAGGGCAGGUCUUUGCAAAGUUAGACUUGGCCCAAGCCUACCAACAACUGCCCGUAGACGACAACACAGCCGAAGCCCAAACGAUUGUAACUCACAGGGGUGCAUUCAAGUGUACCCGAUUACAAUUUGGGGUGAGUGUGGCACCGGGGCUGUUCCAAAACUUAAUGGAACGACUCCUGCAAGGGCUCCCAGGGGUAGUUCCCUACUUCGAUGAUGUCUUGAUUUCAGCGGAAAACGUAGAGGAAUUGGGGGAGCGUUUGAGAAAGGUUCUGGGCAUUUUCCGGACAGCCGGAUUAAAGGUUAAAGUAAACAAAUGCCAGAUAGGGGUCGAAUCCGUAGAAUUCUUGGGCUACCGGAUAGACAAGAAAGGAAUCCACCCCACUGAGAGCAAGGUCAAGGCAAUCAGAAAGGCUCCAGCGCCCAAAAACAAAGCAGAGCUACAGGCAUUCCUUGGGCUAGUGAAUUUUUACGCGGUUUUUUUAAAAAACAAAGCGACCGUCGCUGAACCGCUGCAUAAGCUUUUAGGGAAAAAUACUGUUUGGUCUUGGGGAAAGUCGGAGAACAGGGCUUUCGAAGCAGUAAAAAACCUGCUCUCGAGCGAUAGCCUGCUCAUCCAAUAUCAUAACUCAUUGCCCCUAGUGCUGGUUUGUGAUGCCUCCCCUUACGGGGUGGGGGCUGUACUCAGCCACAGACUUCCAAACGGUACAGAAGCCCCUAUAGCCUUCUACUCUAGAACAAUGUCCUCCCCAGAGAGGAACUAUAGCCAAUUAGAUAAGGAAGCGCUAGCAAUUGUGUCAGGGGUAAAAAAAUUCCACGAAUAUGUUUUUGGGCGAGAUUUUGAAAUUGUGACUGACCACAGACCGCUGUUAGGAAUACUAGCCGGCGACCGCCCAACGCCUGUGGCACUUUCGCCACGUUUGACUCGAUGGACUAUUUUCUUAGCCGCUUAUUCUUACAAGCUACAGCAUCGACCAGGAAAAGAAGUGGGGCAUGCGGACGCGUUAAGCAGAUGCCCACUACCAGGGGCGAUCGAAGACCCCACUCCGGGGACGCCCAUCCUGCUUAUUGACUCUUUGGACUCUGGCCCAGUCACAUCUAAGGAAGUGGCUCGGGCAUCAUACCGGGACAUUAUGUUGAGGACUGUACUCGGUUGGGUACAAAGAGGGUGGCCCGCUGCGCCGGGCGAACGUUUUAAGGAAUUUGUUAAAAAACGUGAUGAGCUCUCGGCUCAAGGGGGGUGCCUGUUAUGGGGCGAUCGUGUGGUAAUUCCGGAUAAAUUAAGGGGAAAGGUACUGGACCUCCUCCACGAGGGUCACCCAGGGAUCGUAAGGAUGAAGGGACUAGCAAGAAGCUAUGUGUGGUGGCCACUCAUGGACUCAGAGAUUGCUGAGAGGGUAGGGAAGUGCCAGGCUUGCCAAGAGUCCAGACCUCUACCCCCAACGGCCCCAGUCAGGGAAUGGGAAAAACCCCAAGGGCCCUGGUCAAGAAUCCACAUUGACUUUGCUGGCCCUUUCCAUGGCCAAACUUUCCUAGUGGUUGUCGACGCAUUCUCUAAAUGGUUGGAGAUCAUAAUCAUGAAAUCCACUACGGCCGAGGCAGUAAUCGCAGCCCUGCGCCACCUAUUCGCAACCCACGGGUUGCCUGACACUCUGGUGUCCGACAACGGCCCGCAAUUCACGGCAGCACAGUUCGAAGAAUACUUGGCAGAGGAGGGCAUCCGACAUGCCCUCUCUGCGCCUUUCCACCCUGCGUCGAAUGGCCUUGCAGAGCGUUCCGUCCGGAGCGCUAAGGAGGCAUUGUCCAGGCUCAAGCCAGGUGACUGGCAAACAAAGAUAGAUUUCUUUCUGGCCGUUCAGCAUAGAACCCCAAGCACUGCUACUGGCAGAAGCCCAGCCGAAUUAUUGAUGGGACGG